AUGGCGGGCGCUGCUGCUGCCCGCGGCCCGCAGCGCCGGCGGGGCCGCGCCGGGAGCCGCCGGGACUCCCCGCAGCCAGCGGAGCAGCGCCCGGGCAGCGGCACCGCGGGCUCCGGCCCCCGGCAGGUUCUUUCAGAGAAAUCAGAAUCCUUUGCAUCCAUGUUGAGACGCUCUCCUUUAAUUCAGAUGGGGCCUGCCAAAGAUAAAAUUGCCAUUGGUCAAAUAUUCCAUGUUGUGGAAGAUGAUCUUUACAUAGAUUUUGGUGGCAAGUUUCACUGUGUGUGCAAAAGACCAGAAGUUGAUGGAAAAAAAUAUCAGAGAGGAACCCGGGUACGCCUGAGACUGCUGGAUCUUGAACUGACGUCCAGGUUUUUGGGGGCAGCCAGUGACACAACAUUGCUGGAAGCUGAUGCAGUGCUUUUGGGACUUGCAGAGAGCAAGCAAGCAAAGCAAAAGGAGUAAAAUUACUGCAAAGAUAUGUACUUUGUGCUCUAAAACUUACUACAUUAAUUAAAUGCUUCCUCAGGAAAUAAAUGAAAAUUUUCUGUCCACUUAGUCAUGUAAAAAAAGAGGUCAAUAAAAUACAAUAGGCACAUUGUACCUA